AUACCCGUCGUUUUGCGUCGAUAUAUGGUGAGGUCCGGUUUUCACUGGGAGUCAAGGUUGACUCCAAUGUAUGGCGCUUAAGUCACGUGCAAGUAGUUGAACACGAGUGACUUGUCAAGCUCAAGGCUGGAGGGCAGACGCAUGCCCGCAGUAGCCUGCAGCUGGCACUACAAAUAACGCUGGCGACAUUGAACCUGGGUUUGUACUGAAAAUGGAUUCUAGGAGAACGGUCUCCGAUUUUUAUCGUGGAGGUUCACCAUCGACGCCUUAUUACACAGCUCAUCCAUCCCCAGAACCUCAAUCUGACGAAGAGCAGCAGCCAGUGGCAGGCCCAUCCAAGCUCACGUUGGACCUACCCGUGUUCUCUCUUAACUCGAAUACUGCUCUCCAGCCCUCCGAUGAUGAAGACGAUGAGCACUCGAAUCUACAUUUGAACAUCAAUUUCAAUCUCUCAUUAGACUUCAGUCAAGCUACGCUGGGACACUCUCGCCCGCCUUCACCAGCACCAACCGCAGACUUUAGCAUGAUAUCACCACCAAGCAGUCCUUCUUAUGUUCAAUACCACUCUCAGUUCCUUUCACCACCACAAGGACGAAACACCCUUCCUUUCUUUCGUACUUCUCCGACCCGCACUUCCACCCAUCUACGAAGUCACAGUAUAGCCUUGGGAAGCGGUACCAAACGCCGCGUUCGUCCUAAUAUCACAAAACUUUGGGAAAGCAUAUCUUCCCCAUCUCCUCGGGGGAGCAAAUCCUCACCUACGCUCAAACAUCCAUCUCCCAUCCAUAGGCACUUUUCUAGAUCCUCGCCUAAUAUCUUGCGCGCGAGGCGCAAGAUCAAACGUCCUUCGGUAACUGACGUAUUUGGUUGUGGGUCCGGAGUGCAGGGUAAUGUCAAUGGGGGUGUAGACAUAGACUACGGUGCACUAGACCCACUCGACGGCGAGGAAGGCGAACUCGUCGAUCACGACGGUUAUUUCGAUGCAAUCCAAUGCGAUCUGACAGCUUCCCCAUCUUCCUACACACACUCCGCUUCACCCUCACCCCUCACCACACCAACCUCGUCUCACCUCUGCCUCUUCCGACCUCACACCCCUUCCCAAGCCUACACCCUCUGUCCCACAUCAUAUGCCUCAGCCUCCACAUCCACUUUCACAUCUACGCAAUACCUCCCCCCCGCCCAAACAUCCCUCCCCCUCCCCCCAGAACUCACCUUACAUAUCCUCUCCCUCCUUCCCGUGCGUUCAGUCCUAGCAUGCAUGCUCGUCUCCAGCUCCUUCUACACGCUAGCCAAAGAUACAAGCGUCUGGUUAGGAGUAUGGAAAGGCAGAGAAGGCCGUCCAAGAGUCCGAACCCGCACACCCCGUCAAAACCCAUAUAACUAUCCUUAUUCCCAUAGCUUUUCAUACGGACUGGGGCCUUUGGUAAACUACAUGUCUUCCUAUUCCUUCCCCCGAAAUUCCGUCCCCAGUUUAUCCUCUUCUUCCUCUGAAGACGACUCGGAUUCGGAUGUAUCGUCGCUGCGUUACGCCCACGCAGACGAAGGUGUACAUGGAUUCCCGCUUCUUGAGGACUCCGAAGAUGUGGAGGGAGAUGGUCCUAGUGGGUGGGCUGUCGAUUGGGAUCGGAUCGAAGCGUUAAGACACAGCGGACGCUCGAGGGGCGUGUUUAUGGAUGAAGAGGAAUAUGCGAACCGUACAUCGAUCCGCAUCCCUUGUCAAGAUCUGAGUUUAAGAAGAGGCACGAAUCUAGGCCCUCUCCGCCUCAACUGGCACACCCUCUACCGCUCUCGUGCCACACUCGAAAAGCGGUGGCGAGAUCCACGCGGCGAGCCUCGGGUGAUGCGAAUCGAGGGGCACGGCGAUAGCGUCUACUGCCUUGACUUUGACUCGCGACGGAUCAUUACAGGAUCUAGAGACAGAACCAUCAAAGUGUGGUGUAUCCGCACAGGCGAGUGUCUUGCGACGUUUGAGGCGCAUUUGGGGAGUGUGUUGUGUUUGAAAUUUGAAAAGGAUUUUGAUGCGAGGCGAUCUUUUUCUCGCGGGGCUGGUCUUAAUGGUGAUGAAGAGCAGGGUGGUGCAAACGAGGGGGAAGAGGAAGAGGAAGAAUCGCACGGUAUAAUGGUAUCUGGGUCUUCCGACUGCACAGUACGCGUCUGGGACCUACACGCAAAACAUCGCGGUUCGAGCAUACGGGCAGACGUACGUGCGAUUUUGCGGGGUCAUUCUGGGGGCGUGUUAGAUUUGAGGAUGGAUGAGAAUUGGAUUGUUAGCUGUUCCAAAGACGCACUCAUCAACGUCUACUCCCGAUCCACGCUUACUUUACACGCCGUCCUACAAGGCCACGAAGGACCCGUUAACGCUAUCGGUCUCGAAGGGGGGAGAGUGGUAAGCGCGAGUGGGGAUGGUAGGAUGAUGUUGUGGGAUGCUGCUAGUGGGAGGUGUUUGAGGGUGUUUGAGGGGCAUGAGAGAGGGUUAGCUUGUAUUGAGUUCAAGGACGAUUUAAUCCUAAGCGGCUCAAAUGACUGCACCAUCAAGCUCUGGCGCGCGUCAACAGGGGAAUGUCUGCAUACAUUUGCGGGUCAUACAUUGUUGGUCCGUGCGUUGUGUUUUGAUCCGAGGACUGGGUAUGUGGUUAGUGCGAGUUAUGACAGGAGUGUCAGAGUUUGGGAAUGGAGGGAGCCUGCUGUUCCUGCUGUCGAUGUUGUCCCUUUCUCUUCGCUCUCUUCUUCUUCGACCUCUUCUUCUUCCUCGUCGACUUCUUCCUCCACCUCGUCAUUCCACUCGAUGCAUACCAGUACCUCGACGCACACCAGCAACUCGACACAUGACCGUACCUCGAUAUACGCACAUGACACAGACGGUGCAAGCGUAGUAGGCGUCGCAGAUGGUGUGGUCGGGUAUAGAAAUUCGGGUAUGAGCGAGAAGAGGGGUGUGGGGAGGUUGGUGAGGGAGUUUAGGGAUUUGCACGCGAGUCAUAUCUUUGAUGUCAAGUUUGACGUGGGGAGGAUUGUUAGUACAUCCCAUGACCAGAAGAUCGUCGUUUUGGAUUUCACAGACGGCAUCGAAGGCGCUGAGAUCUUUGUGUGAUAUAGGGCAUCGGAUUCCUUUCUCUUCAUAUUUCUCUCCAUCCCGGGCCUGACCCAAACCCUCGGCGAUACCCCAAGGAUACGAGGACCCGACAUCGAAUUUAUCUAUUUAUCACGCAUCUUAUAUCCGUUUCGAGCAUCUUGCAUUGCAAUUGGACUUGCCUCGUUCGUGUAUCUAGCUAUACCUCUAGUGUAUGUAUAUUAUAUUUGGUGAACGUCAUUGGUUUCGUCUUGC